UUAGACUCCAUCACCAAGACUGCAAGGCAUGCAACUUUGUAGAAAUGUCUGCUAGGAUGUGAGGACUGACAUCGUGGUUUCUGAUGCCCCAUUGAUAUCUGAAGACUCCUCAUCCUUCAGAAGUAGCAUGCUCACAGUCUUCCUGGCCAAUGAUUCUUCUACAGCAAUCAGGACUUCUUCCUCAUUCUGAGAAGCCUUCAUCUCUUCCUAUGUCAGUGGCUACAAGGCCAAGAGCCAGCUCACCACUGUCCCCACCAAAAUCUCUCGGACUGGGGCCUUCCUUUCAUCACACACAAGAAGAAGAGCUUGCAAAGGUGGUGGAGCAGGACCCUAUGCUGGAAGAACUAUGUAAGCCUCUGUGCUGUAAGCUUUGCAAUGUCACUCUGAAUUCAGCACAGCAAGCCCAGGCUCAUUACCAGGGUAAAAACCACAGUAAGAAACUCCGAAAUUACUAUGCUGCCAAUAGCUGUCCAGCACCUGCCAGAAUGAGUAAUUCGGUUGAGCCUGCCCCACCUCAGGUUGUCUCCCUUCCAGCUCAGAUGGGAUCCAGUAAACCAGGUGGCCGAGUGAUCUUGGCCACUGAGAAUGAUUACUGCAAGCUUUGUGAUGCCUCGUUUAGUUCUCCAGCUGUGGCACAGGCUCACUACCAAGGGAAAAAUCAUGCCAAACGGCUGCGUCUUGCAGAAGCACAGAAUAACUCAUUCUCGGAUGCAUCAGAACUAGGCAAACGAAGGACAAGGAAAGAAGGGAAUGAAUAUAAGAUGAUGCAGAACAGAAGAAAUAUGUAUACAGUUCAAAACAACACAGAUAAAACAGGCUUUUCUGUUGGCUCCUCAGGUCCCUACUUCAAUCCCCGCUCACGCCAGAGGAUUCCUCGGGAUCUGGCCAUGUGCGUCACCCCCAGUGGCCAGUUCUACUGCUCCAUGUGCAACGCCGGGGCCAGCGAGGAGAUGGAGUUCAGACAGCACUUAGAAAGCAAACAGCAUAAAAGCAAGGUGUCCGAACAGCGAUAUAGGAAUGAGAUGGAGAACCUAGGCUAUGUACAAUGACGCGCCACCCUUGGUAGUAGUUUGCAAAUAGAGCAGCUUGUCUCUCGCCUGCUGUUUGCCACAUGCCCUGCUUUGUGCUCCAUUUGAUAGGAGUAUGCUCUCGAGCUAUACAUGUAACACCUGCAAACUUAAUGGUAUGGUUACAUUUUUUUUCUAUCAUAGUUGGCAGGAUGAUGCUGUGCAGGACAUGAAGUGUUUUUGAUGUUUGUUUGCUAAUUAUCUAAGGCUCUUCAUUGUAUUGAGUGGUGGGGAAGACUGUCUUCUCCUCAGCCUUCUGCAUGAAUAUGCAAAUCCCAAGAAGUGCUGGGAACUUCUGUGGUUCUACCACACAGGUGGACCAUGUGCAAAGCCCACUCCCCUCUUUGCACGCCACAGAGCAGUGCUCCAGAAUGCCUUCCUACAGCAGACUGAAUCCCUGGGCAGCUUGUAGAAGCAGGGCAGGAAUGAGGCCUGCAAAUGUGUGAAUUAGGUGGUGUGCUUGUCCACAAAUUGCUGCCUGUGGCCCAGAGUAGGUUCUUUCCACAUCCUUGGAGAAUGGCUGUGCAUACAUCUCCUUCUUGGAGGGUCUUGUGUAGUCAGAAAUAUUCUCUUCUACCAGCUAACAAUGAAAAAAGAUUCUCAGUGUUGUUGGCGGGGCACCUUAAUGCACCAUGAGUGUAGCUCAUCUCCCUGAAGAGAGUCUGCGGGGCUUAAUGAAGUGCGUUGGAAAGCAGACCUGCUCAGAUGGCUUGUGCUCUGCUCUGAUUCUGCCUUAGACUGAGUAGGGCUGAGAAUAGGUUGGAAGGAGCUGUAAGCUGUAAUUUCUUUGUAUACUGAUGUAGAAGAGAGCAAGUGUUGGUCUCUGGCCUGCAGCUCUGUUGAUCUGAGAGAUCAGGGCUGCCUGGACCUUGGGGAGCUGAUAGUGGUGUGUCCCACUUCCAUGCCAUUCCCUGGACAAAGCCCAGUGGGUGUUACAGAGGAGAGCUGAAAUGCUCCUUUGGACUAGAGCUACCAAUAUUGGAUGAGUGUUUUUCCCCUCUUUCUUUUCCCAUCUCAGGAUGGGUUUUAAUUCCAUUUCUUGAUGUGAACUUUACUGUUUUAGGGACCACUAAAAAUCCAGUUAGGUAGAAUGUAAAUGUCAGCAGCGAUGACUGAGUAACAGCUUUUUGGCCAUGCAGAAGUAUUUGUGAAACUUGUUAAGCAACUUUGUAAGUGUAGACAAACCCAAAGGGUGUGUGUCUGUUUUGGUUUUCCUUAGCAAAAGUAGAAAGGGGCUAAAGAGCAGAAGUAGGGCUGACAUAUUUAUUUUUCUGUGUAUGUGGGUAGGUUUGAGGAGAUUAGAAUACAGUUCACAGUGCUUCUGAAACACGUGUAGCCUCCGUCGGGCCUGAUUCACCACUGUGCUGCUACAGCUGUACGUUGGUAUAGCUUCAUUGACUUCAGUGGCAGGUGCAGAAAGGGGGUAAAGGAAGCAUGAUGUCUUGUCUCUCCUUUUUAGACAGUAUGUUGAAUUAGGUGCAGCUCUAUUGGUUUCAGUAGCAUUUUACCAGGGGUAAAUUUUAUCUAGUGCAUAAUGUUGAAGAUAGCUCCCUCACCUCCUUUUUUUGCCAUUCUGAUACUGCCUCUUGCAUUCCAGAAGGACUUUCUGCUUGCCUUAAAAAUUGAAAAAUGAGUAAACUUAACAAAAAAUCCAGAUGGUUUUUAUUGAACUUUCUAGUCCACCUCAGAAAAGUUUGUUGCACUUGGCUGCUUCUCAGAAAUUGAGUAUUGUUAUCUUUAGCUACCUGAGCAUCAGGUAGCUAUAUAACUUUAAUGCAACCAACCUUCCUAAAUCCAGGCAAGGUGUGCUCUUUCACAGUAUUUGAAAGCAACUCUCCACAUCAUUCCAUGCUGAUCCUUGCCCUGUAGAUACAGACAGAGCAAUGGAUAUCCUCUUGAAUGGUAUUCCCUUCCCUCCUUCGUGCAAAGCCCACUUAAACAGGGUUUGUGCACUGGAGCAGGUUAGAGGGUAGGAGGACAGGUGCCCAGGUUGCAAAGCACUAACCGAGCAGUUUUGACAGCCUGUAAGUUUGUUUCUUCUGUGUUUUCCUGCCCCUGGCUUACCCUGUGUGCAUCCUUGAAGAAUAUUCCCCUUGCAAAACUCUCUUGGCAGCCUUUUCCCCUUAUCUUUUGCAGUCAAAGAAGGGCUCUGGUUUUCUCUUUGUGUUUUGUCUUUUGUUUUGCUAGUCUGACACCACAGUGCAGGGACAGAGGAAGUUGGAUGAGCCUUACCACAAUGUGCUUUGCCAGAAUGGUCCCUGCAUUAUGGUUAAACGUCUCUCUUGCUGUAAAUUAAAGUGUGGCAUUUCCCACAGGCUGCAAUUAGUAGCGGAAAAAAACACAUUGUGAAAUAUGAGCUGGAGGAGCUGUGUAGCUACUGGUGUUUUCUAGCUUAUUGCUGGGGCCAAGAAGGCAUUUUUGUCUGCUUUCAUGUGUCCCAAAAAUCAACUGUUCACCACUUUGCUUUGGUUGUUGCUCCUGCUCCCAGCCCAGCGAUCUGCUCCUCAUUUGGCGUUUCCAGUGACUGCUGAAGGUGUCAAAACUCAGUUUGCUCCAUGUGCUGUUGCCUCCUGGUAACAGCUGGUGCAAGUGUGUCGCAGCACAUCAGUGUGCUGGUGUGUUUGGGAGGGAGGUGCCGGGGGCUGUUCCUGUGGUUUCCUCUCUGCAGGGGGCUCAGUCUGGUUUUGAGGAAUGGCUUGAGUCUGUCCUGAACAGGGAGGCCUGUAUCUGCUCUGUUUCGUUCAGGGGAGUACAAGUGGAUGUUAUCACCCUGAGAACUUCAAAGUGGUGGGUUGCAGAUAUAAACCACGGUGGGACACAAGUGACAAGAGUAGGACAGGUUUCCUACAGGGGAGGAAAGAUAUUUCUUGCUGGGAGAAGCAGCUGAGACUUGCUUUGCCCCAGUGCCCUGUUGUGGCCCUUCCCUACAAGUGACCAAAGCUUUCCUCUCUCUCUUCAGUGUUGCUUAACGGUUUGUGAUUUUUCCCACUCUCCCUCCAGCAUAGAAAAUCAUUGACUGCAAAGAGAAAACACUCCACCUCGCUAAUGUCGUUGGGGUUCAGGCCAAUCCAAACUCAUACCUGUCAGCAUGAGAAACUGUGUGGAUUCUGAUCUUAUUUUUUUUGUGAAAGCUGUUCUCCAAAUCAGUGUUCAAAACACAUACUGAAAACGUCCUGACCAAAUGCUAUUUGACAUAGAUGGGCUGGGGAGAAUACAGUACAGCUGUAGUACCAUUUUCCAGACCCAGUGAACCUUUCUCUCAUGUUAAAAAAAGUACCAAACCCAAGAAACAGGACUUCUGUGAAGCUGUCACAUUGGCCAGUAGGUUAAUGACAUUUGCUGCUAGAAACAAAAUAUAAAUCAAUGUGUUCAUAUUUAUUUUACUGUGCUAACCACUAAUUGAUUUGUUAAUAUUUAAGGCAUUAUUCUGUAGGUUGGUUUUCUUUAAAUAAAGAACUCUACAUCGCACUUUGCUUUUGGAUCAGAACAGGUAUUUAUUCUAUUUGUGAAAUGUUUUCCCUCCCCAAUAUGUGUUGUUUUCUUUCCCUUGAGGCAAAGAAAGGAACCCAAACAACAAAACCCAUCCCAACCCCC